AUCGAACUGAUCAUGACACGCGAAGGCUUGUCCGCCGAAGAGUUCAACGUGCGCAAUCUCGCCUACCGCGCCGGUACAUUGAGCGAUGAGGGUCGCGAGAAGCACCGAGCCUUCUCGGUGAGCUCGCGGUGAACAAGACGGCUAUGCGACACACUGCCCAGUUCAAUGCACUCAUCGCCGAGACGCCGCCCAAAGGCCUCAACAUUAAUCGACCCCUCGACAAACUCGGUGUGUCGGAGGAGGAAAGAGAAAAAAUUGAUUGGAAGGACGGCCUACCAUUCAAGCUCGUCAACCCGGAUGGCCACGAGUACAAGAUUUUCCUGCACCAAUUGGCAGAUGCCGACAGGAUCGAUGAAACUAUCCACGGCUUCCUUCGCGGCUACGUCCUAGCCACCAGCGUCGGUCUCGGCAAGUCUCUUACCGCCAUCACAACCCUCAUGAUGCGACGCCUUCACUGGCAGCGCGUUGAGGUGGAGGGAGGGGAGGUUGAUGCGGGGGCCAGUCUUUUACUGGUCCCUGCUAACCUGAUCAGCCAAUUCUUCAGAGGUCAAAAAGUUUGCCGGUGGCGUCCUAAGCCCCUCGUUUACUAUGUCAACGCCAAAUCUGCUGCGACUAACCCGGCCCUGGCCGAGGCCACCCUGACCAAGGACGGCUUCAUGGCUAAAAUGAAGCGAUUUUCACAGACUCGUCACAAGGCAUCGGUAAGAGCAUCCCAAUCCCAAACCACCCAUUUCGUAACACUUGACUUGAGUACCCUAUUUUGGAGCCCCUUCGAAGCAGCCCGUAACAAUUGCCAUGGUCUACUGCCGAGCGAGCGCCUUUUCACGACACUUGUUAUGAAAUGGGGAGCAGCUCUAGCCUGGGGGCCAAAACAAGUGUUACGAAAUAGCUCGAUAAGGAAGCUAACUUUAGAGCAGACAGCCAAAUUUGUGAUCAUUUCUUCGUAUUCCGCCUUUACUGCUCGGUGCUUCAAGGGCAUCUACCGCAAAGUGGUGAAGGGUUCCACCGAGGCUAUGCAGCCACAUCUCGAUGAUCAAGUUUUUGUUAGUUAGGAGACGACACCUUGCGACAAUGUAGGCAGAUCUCUGCCCAAGAAACGGGGAAAGCUCGCCGAGGCAAAGGCAAAGGCCCCUGAUGUUCGCACUCGAGAUGGCAUGCCGCUUUACAGCGUUGGAGUGCGGAAGGUGCUAGCGAAGAGGACCGCCGAAGCCAGGAAGGCCGACAGGGAGGAGAAGAAAAUGCAGCGUGCCCGGGAUAAGGCGGAGGCCAAGGCCGAACGGAA